AUUUGUCUAAUGAACAGUCAUGAAAUUUAUUUUGUACAAGUUAGUUGUGUUCGAUUCCCUGGUAGUGAUUGGUAACCUAAUUGCACUAAAAUUGCCAAGUGUACAUUGGAAUAUCUUUUCCUCUUUGUGGGAGAUUUUUGGCUGUGUGAGGAUUUCCUCUUAUGGCAGGCCAGUCAACCUUUUAUAUAGUAGGUGAACUAGACUACAGGACUUGUUGUAAUAGUUUUGCAACGUUGAAUAACAGAUUUCGAUCUUCAUAUUGCUAUCCAUCCUUGGGAAGAUAUGGGGGGCAAAGUGAGAAGAAACGUGUUGUCCCAUAUUAUGGAUCAAUGUAUGGUUAUUUUCAACUCCGCCAAAACCUCUGUUGUAUUAGUAGACGUUGCUUUCGUUCAAACGGUCAAGCAGUUGCGCAAUCAAGAUUCUUGCACAUGUCUUCUAUUGAAGAUGUUCCGGAAAACCUCCCGUCCACUUUUCCUACAGGUUUGACACUAAGUCAACAGUUAUUGUUUCGCAGAUAUGUCGAAGAAGUGAAAAGUAUGACUCCUGCACAAUGUCAGUCCAUGAUCGUAGAAUUGGUAAAGCAGACCAUGUUGAAGGAUAAUAUUAUGCGUUCGUUAUUAAAGCAACCUGAAGUAAGUCUUACUUCUCAAUUACCUAGUCCUGAGGAAUUCCAGUAUUGGGAUGGUGACCCAUAUGAGUUGGAUAUCAGUGGUGAUAUGAUUGAGCCUUGGCCUGGUUUCGACCCAGAUACUUUAAAAAGAAAGGCAGAGGAAGAAAACGAGAAACAAGACAAGUCCUUAUAUCCUGAUUGGACCAAAGAAGCGACACCAGACGAGGAAGAUUGAAUAGUUACUAAGUAUCUGAUAAAGGUAUUGCUAAUUACUGUGAACUUGAAAGCUGCGGCUAUAGUUCAACUUUGAUUGACUGUGAGAAGGCUUCGCUUACAAGUGAAUUGAUAUUUUACAAGUUUUUUUGUUGUGCCUAAUCGACAUGCGAGUUUCAGAAAUCUGGUGUUUCUUUCCACUUAGUUGCACAAAGCUUUUCACCCUUCAUUUUCUUCCAUGUUGUUUGUUAUGUUGCACUUGUGAGAUCAAGAAGCCUCAGAACUAGAGAGAAUCUUGCAUAAAUUUGAAAAAUUCUCA